GUCUGUUUCCCCCCCAUUGACCCUCCCUCACCACUCCAUCGAGCCCUGAGCGCGGACAGCAAUCAUGUUCUCGCGCUCAGCUGUGCCUCGCCAGGCGCUUCGAGCCGCGCAACACUCCUGGCGCCCCCAAUCCCGCUCCCUCGCCGCCCCGGCCUCCGGUACCUUCCAGUACGCAACCGGCGAGGCCCAAGGCAUCAAGUUCGCCGCCCGAGACUCCACCGGCCCUGUUACCACGGUGGCCAUUGUAUCAAGAGCUGGCACGAGAUAUCAGCCUCUCCCGGGCCUCGCGGAAGGGUUGAAGUGGUAUGCUUUCAAGAAUACCGACCGACGAUCCACGCUUCGGAUACAGCGCGAGUCUGAGCUCCUCGGCUCUGCUCUUGAGUCCUACACUACUCGAGAGAACCUGGUUGUUGGCGCCAAAUUCCUCCGCGAUGAUCUGCCAUACUUCCUCGAAUUGCUCAGUGAUGUCGCUACCAAGACAAACUACCAAGCGCAUGUGGUGCACGAAGAGAUUGCCGCUCUCGUCAAAAUGAGCCAGCAACGUUUCUUCGCCGACACCACCGCGAUGGCGCUCGACAGUGCGCACGGCGUUGCCUUUCACCGCGGCCUCGGAUCUUCCCUGCACACGACUUCCGAUAUCCCCAUGAAGAAGUAUGUGGACGAAGACAGUCUGGCUGAAUACGCUGCCGCCGCUUACUCCAAGCCCAACUUCGCCAUUGUUGGUAACGGUGUUGAGCAAGCGGAGUUGAGCAAGUGGAUCAACGAGUUCUUCACCGACGUCCCGGCUCAGGCGCCUUUCGAACUCAAGCCACAGCAGACCAAAUACUACGGAGGCGAAGAACGCAUCUCUCACGCAGGUGGCAACUCGCUCGUCAUUGGCUUGCCCGGCUCCAGCUCUCCCACCGGCGGCUUCUACAAGCCCGAGAUUGCCGUCCUCGCUGCUCUUCUCGGUGGCCAGACCACCAUUAAGUGGUCCCCCGGCUUCUCGCUUUUGUCCAAAGCAACCAAAGAUGCACCCAACAUGUACAUUGACACCAAGUCCCUCAUCUACACCGAUGCCGGCCUCCUGACCAUCACCUUGUCCGGCGCGGCCUCCGACAUCCGCAAGACCGCUCCCAAGGUCGUCGAGGCGCUCAAGAGCGUCGCUCAAGGCGUCAGCAAAGAGGACUUUGCCAAGGCCAAAGCGCUUGCCAAGUUCAAGGAAUUGGAGUAUGGACAGGCAACUGAGGCGGGUAUGGUGUGGACCGGCUCCGGUCUUGUGCACGGUGGCAAGCCCUACCAGAUUGAUGAGGUGGCGAAGAGUGCGGACAGCGUGACGGCGGAGCAGGUACAGAAGGCGGCCAAGGAGAUUCUGGAGCACAAGGCUAGCGUGAGCGCCGUUGGAGACUUGUUCCAGCUGCCGUUUGCCGAGGAGCUUGGAUUGAAGGUGUAAAGGACGCAGCACUUAAUUCGUGUUCGUCCAGAGUUGUUGCUUGCUGGUAGAGUAGAUAAGCUAUGGCAAUGUAAAAACACCGUCCGUCAUACAGU